AUGUCAGACCCAUCGGCUUCAGACCUUAUGGCAAUCGAUGCAGAAGCUACAGAUGAGUUUCAAUUCGCCGAAAUUGAUACCACAGUCGAAAUGGAAGUCCUGCCCACGACGACCGUUCAAACACAGCCAGAAGAUGUGCAAACAGCUCCCGUCGAAGCCGAAUCUCACCAGCAGUUGCCUGCGCCGAUUGCGCAAAUAGAAAUUGAGCCUGCGCCAAUUGAGCAUCGCCAUGAUGUACAGACACCGCCUCGUGUGUCAACUCCUCCGCCAGCUAUUGAACAGCAGUCGUACCAGCCACAGUUCUCUCUUGCUACUUCACGAUUCAUCAUGAGUCGUCACAGAGGCGCUACCCCAGCAUCACCACCGCCCCAUCUCGUCGCAACUCCUCCUCCUCCUCCAACUCCUGAGGUCGCCCCAGAGGAAGUCGAAGAUACACCUGUGGACUACUCGCACCUGCCUAUGACCGUUUAUCUCCCGUACGCAGAACCCCAAUCAGUUCCGCCCAGCUCAGUACCAUCUUCUGGAGCAAAGCGGAAGCGCGCGGCAGCGGAAGACGAGGCUUCCCGGAAAUCCGUAAACAUCCCCGCCUACCAGGAACCCGCAAUCCCCAAGCGUCCCGUACCUAGACCGCCGGUGAAGAGGAAGCGCACCAAGGAUGACGGCAGCGGAAACCCAAUGUGCGUCAAGUGCAACCGCAUCUCCGCCACAGACGGCAACCCCAUCGUCCCCUGCGGCUGCGGCGAGGCCUGGCACCAGCUUUGUCAUGACCCAGAGAUCUCGGCAGACGCCCUGGGCGGCGGUUCCUCCAAGUUCAAGUGCGUCACCUGUAAGGAGGAGGACAAGCAGCAGGCCAAGUAUCAGCGCGAACUUGCAAAGUACCGCGAGGCGAAGCAGGAGCAGUCGGAGUGGAAGAGGCACCACAACGAUGUGGAGAGGAAGCGCGAGAAGAAGCUUGCCACCCUACCACAGUUCCCUAAGCCGAGCCUCAUUGGGUUUGAAGGAGGCAGUGCCAGUGCCAGUGAGGUGAGUGUCAUAGAGACAAGCAAGAACUUUAGACCCAAUCUGACGCGCUUGCAGAGACGAGAGUACUUUGCAGAUCUCAAGAGAAGCGAUCUCCUCAAUCUCCUCUUAUUCAGCGAACAAAUCCACCCUGGCCUCCUUGUAGACGUCCUCGCCUCUGUCUCUAAGAAGCACCCCGACCUGCCUCUCUUCGGCUCGCCAGAUUGGGCUGAACCAAAAGUUCAACAUCGAGAGUCACAGCCCCGCCGCCAGCAAGACCACCGCCCGGCUUCCAAGCCCUCGAAGCAGCGGUCCAAAACAGGCGGCGUCCGCAAGAUCCUCAAGACCGCACCCACCGGCGCAGCCGAUCAAGCAGAGGCAGACGCCGAAGACUCGGAGGACGCACUCCCCGAAUCCUGGCCUAAAGCCGGACAUGGUCUCUACCAGCGGCUGAAGUCCGAGAAGGAUGACCCGAUGUUGUACGACGACAACGACGAGGAGGCGUUCAGUCACUUCAUGGUUGACAAGUAUGGGAAGCAGAUUAUGGAGCCUCUUGCGGAUGGCGCUGCUCGUGCGGCGGCGACUCUUGGGGACGUUGAUGCGCAGAUGGUGGACUUGACAGGCGAGUCCGAUACGGAAGCAGGCUAG